CCUCUAUAACCUUCCUCUUAUAUCAUCCCAAACCUUUCUCUAAUAAUAAUAAUCAUACCCAAAUUUAACUUGUAACACAAUGGCCUCCUCUAAGACCACUUCAGCACUAGCCCUCUUUCUCUCUUUCAACCUUCUUAUGAUCUCCGCCACCAUUGAUGCAAGUUAUUCUCCUUACACUCCCUCUGUACCUUCCGGCGGAAGUGGAGGGGGAGGAGGCAUUAUAGGUGGAGGUGGAGGAGGAGGUGGAGGUGGAGGUGGAGGUGGUGGAGGCAUUGUAGGUGGAGGUGGCAGUGGGGGAUCGUCUAGGGGAAAAUGUCCUCUUGACACCUUAAAACUAGGGGUGUGUGCCAACUUACUUGGAAACCUUCUUAACCUUCAAAUAGGUACUCCUCCAGUUCAGCCAUGCUGCUCCUUGAUCCAAGGCAUUGCAGACCUUGAGGCUGCAGUAUGCCUAUGUACCGUGAUUAGAGCUAAUGUUUUGAACCUCAUCAACCUCAAUUUGCCUGUUAACCUAAGCUUGCUUCUCAAUGCAUGUGGAAGGAGAGCUCCCAGGGGCUUCCAGUGUCCUUGAUCAAUUAAUUAGGGGAUCAUAUAUAUGAUGUCUUCUAAUCAAACAAAUUUGUUCUAGUACGUCAUGAAUUGUGCUUAAAUUAAAGCUUAAAGUACGUGUGCGAGUGUGUGUUUGUGGCAUUUAAUACUAUGCAGAGUGGUUUGUUGAAUGAUUUUCUCAUCUAUUUGGCAUGGUGUAAUAUUGUGCUUUGUUGAAAGUAAGCACGCUUUAUGUUUCAUUUGUUUUUGUACGAUCAUUUGAUGUUGAUGAAUAAAGGACUAAAGUACACUACGUAAAUGUAUGUGAGUAAGUGCUUAAA